GUGCGCGCGCGGGGGUGCGCGUGCCUCUGGAUGUGCGCGUUUUGGAGCGGCAGCUCGGAGCGUCAGGAGGAUGCAGACCGCGGAGCGGAGCGUCGCUGCCGGGAAGGAACGGGCAUGACGGCCGGAGGAAGAUGUGUGGACUGAUCCGUGUCAUUCCGGGCAUUGUUGGGUUUUUCCCUCAUCCAUCCGAGGCGAGCGGAUCUGGACGGGUUCUGCAAUGGAGCGUCAGUCCAAAGCGUGAGAGGUUCUGACCGUCCGGCUAAUAAAACAGACAAAACGCAAGAGAACCAGAGGUGCAAUGGGCUCUCCAUGUCUGUAGAGAAAGCACAAAGAGAAUACAAUCAUGUCAAAGAAUAAGAGCAGCGAGUCGGUGAAGGUGGUGGUUCGAUGCCGUCCCUUGAACCGUAAAGAGGAGUCCAAUGGGCCUGCUGGAGGGAUUGUGCAGAUGGAUUUGCGUCUGGGACAGGUGAUCCUCAGGAACCCUCGAGCACCCCCAAGCGAGCCCCAGAAGACGUUCACGUUCGACGCCGUCUACGACGCCAACUCCAAACAGAGGGAGCUGUAUGACGAAAGCGUGCGACCGCUAAUCGAUUCGGUGCUGGCUGGGUUCAACGGCACCAUCUUCGCUUAUGGGCAGACGGGAACUGGAAAGACGUACACCAUGCAAGGAGCCUGGCUGGACCCAGAGAAGCAAGGUGUCAUUCCCAAUGCCUUCGACCACAUCUUCACGCACAUCUCCCGCUCGCAGUCUGACAAGCAGUACUUGGUCCGAGCGUCCUACCUCGAGAUCUACAGAGAGGAGAUCCGUGACCUCCUUGAUCCUAACCAUGGUAACACCAGAGGCCUGGAGCUCAGGGAGAGUCCAGAGACCAGGGUCUAUGUCCAGGAUCUCACAUCAUGUGUCUGCAAAAGCAUCAAGGAGAUUGAGGAGGUGAUGAACGUGGGCAAUCAGGCGAGAGCGGUGGGGACGACGGAUAUGAAUGAAUAUUCGUCCAGGUCCCACGCCUUGUUUCUGAUCACGGUGGAAUGCAGCCAGCCUGGACCAGAUGGGAGGAAACAUAUUCGAGUGGGGCGCCUCAACCUGGUGGACCUGGCUGGCAGCGAACGCCAAGCCAAGACCGGCGUCCAGGGAGAGCGCCUUAAAGAAGCCGCCAAGAUCAACCUGUCUCUGUCAGCUCUGGGGAAUGUGAUCUCAGCUUUGGCAGAUGGACGCAGCAGCCACGUUCCUUACCGGGACUCCAAGCUGACCCGCCUGUUGCAGGACUCGUUGGGCGGGAAUGCCAAGACGGUCAUGGUUGCUACUCUUGGCCCGGCUCCUCAGCAUUACGAUGAAACCCUCACCACCCUCCGCUACGCCAACCGCGCUAAGAACAUUCAGAACCAGCCCAGGGUCAACGAGGACCCCAAAGACGCUCUGCUCCGCGAGUUUCAAAAGGAGAUCGCUCGUCUCCGAGCCCAGCUCAACCACAGGAUGUGGAGGAGCAAGCAGAAGAAGGAACAACUGGACGACGAGAGCUGUGACAGAGAUGGUGGAGAUGAAGAUACUGAAUGUGAAGAGGGGGAGAUGGAAAAGGAAGCAGAAGAAUACGUGAAGAUGGAGGAAGAGCGGUUGGAGAAGGAGAAAGAGGCCAUCAGAGAGGACCAGUUCCUGAUGACUGAGGAGAAGCAGAGGCUUCUGGGAGAGAAGGAAAAGAUGAUGGGGGACCUGAGGAAGGAGCAGGAAGCCACCGAACAGCUAACCGCCAAGUACAAGGCCAUGGAGAGCAAGCUGCUGGUUGGAGGGAAGAACAUCAUCGAUCACACCAAUGAGCAGCAGAAGAUGCUUGAGAUGAAAAGGCAGGAGAUUGCUGAGCAGUCCCGUAGGGAGAGGGAGAUCCAGCAGCAGAUGUUCAGCCAGGAUGAGGAGACGCUGGAGCUGAGAGAAACCUUCACGUCUCUGCAACAAGAGGUCGAAGCCAAAACCAAGAAGCUUAAGAAGCUUUACGCCAAGCUGCAGUGCAUCAAGGCGGAGAUCAAGGACGUGAACGACGAGCACGUGAGGAGCCGCCAGGAGCUGGAGCAAACCCAGAACGAGCUCACCAGAGAGCUAAAGUUCAAGUAUCUGAUCAUAGAGAACUUCAUCCCUCCGGAGGAGAAGAAUAAGAUCAUGAACAGGCUGACGUUUGACCCCGAGGAGGAUCAGUGGAAGUUCAAGCCUUUCGUUUCUGCAGAGAGUAAAUCCUCACAGAUGAAGAAAAGGCCGGUGUCCGCCGUCGGAUACAAACGACCCAUCAGCCAAUACGCCAGGGUUGCCAUAGCGAUGGGACCUCAUUCCAGAUACAGGGCGGAGAACAUCAUGUUCCUGGAGCUGGACGUGACUCCUCCCAGCACCUCCUCGGUGGACCGCUCGGCGGAGGCAGAACCGAACCAGAGUCCCCCUCUGGACCAGUCCCCCACUAAAGAUGAAGGAGUCUGCAGGUCUCGCUCCUGGUGUCAGACCCAGAAAUCUCUCACUUCCUCUUCUUCUACCAACUCCCUGACAGCGUGUCACGCUGCCACGCCCACAGUAGCCAUGUAAAACUUUACUACAGGCAGAUUUUUUUUUUAUUUCUUUACGUCUAUGGCCAGUUUGAGACCAUUAAACGUUGGGAAACAAGCACCACCUCCUCUGAUGGAGACG